CUCAGGAACGCUUUGAGGAAGUCUGUUUCCCACCGAGCCACCAGUCUCUGAGAACGUCGUCUGACCAGACAUGAUGCUGGGCCGUCUGCUGCUUGCCUGUGUGUGUUUAACCCCGGCUGGUCCAGUUCAGGCUAUCUACAGAUGUGUUCAGGUUCCAGAAGAAGCACAUUUUGCAGAGACAUUCGACUCAGGUCCUCUAGACAGGAGAUGGGUCCUGUCCAAGGCUGUGAAAGAGACAAAUGCUGAGGCUCUCAAAUACGAUGGCCAGUGGGUGUUGGAGGAGCCAGAGGCUGCAAUGUAUCCUGGGAACAGAGCACUGGUGAUGAAGUCAUCAGGACAACACCACGCCAUCGCUGCUUACCUUCACAGACCCUUCACCUUCAUGCACACACCGCUCUGCCUGCAGUAUGAGGUGAAGUUCGGGAGAGAUGUAGAGUGCAGUGGAGCCUACAUCAAACUGCUGACUCAGACCCAUCAGCUACGACUGAGCCAGUUCAGUGAGUCCACUCCGUACUCGGUGAUGUUUGGUCCUGAUAAGUGCGGCACCAGCCACCGCCUCCAUCUCAUCGUCAGGGUAACGGACUCUAGCAACGGCCGUAACCAGGAGAUACACGCCCCCCAACCCGCCGAUGACCUGACAGUGUACUUCACCGACCGACAACCACACCUCUACACACUACAAUUGUAUCUAGACAGCAGGUAUGAGAUUUUCAUUGACCAAUCGCUGAUCAGUCAAGGCCGCCUGCUGACAGACGAGGUCCAGUACACAGAAUCCUCUGACAGCCAACCAGAGUCCCCGGUGUCUGGGUUAGGGGCGGGGUCAGUCGGGGCGCUGGGUCUGGAACUGUGGUCAUUGUCGGGGGAAGUGAUGUUUGACAACUUCCUGUUGACUGAUGACCUGGAGCUGGCUGAGAGAUGGACACAGGACACAUGGGGCCGGAAACAACCCGGCCUGUUGGAGCGACUCCUGAUAGCGACUAACUCUCGUCCCUGGCUCUGGGGGGUCUACGUCUUCACCGUGGGAUUACCCAUCAUCCUCUUCAUCAGCUACAUGUGGCCGGACAAGAGGUUCGGCCCCCCUGACCAGGACUACUACUAUAAGAAGUCUGAUGAACCUCAGCCAGACAGACAACCAGAGAGAGACCAGCCAGACAGACCAACCAGCCUCUCAGACUAUGGUGCGGUGGGCAGAGUGGGCGCCAGGAGGAGAGAGACUCAGAAGGCUCAGAGGAAGUCAGACCUGGAGGUUGAGAAUGAGUGACAAUUGACAAUCCCUGGCCAGCCUGAGGACUAACCACCCUAACCAGCCUGAAGACUAACCAACCUUAACCAGAUCUAGUCCCUGUCCAGCCUGAGGACUAACCAACCCUAACCAGCCUGAAGACUAACCAACCUUAACCAGAUCUAGUCCCUGUCCAGCCUGAGGACUAACCAACCCUAACCAGCCUGAAGACUAACCAACCUUAACCAGAUCUAGUCCCUGUCCAGCCUGAGGACUAACCAACCCUAACCAGGCUGAAGACUAACCAACCUUAACCAGAUCUAGUCCCUGGCCAGCCUGAGGACUAACCAACCUUAACCAGAUCUAGUCCCUAGCCAGCCUGAGGACUAACCAACCCUAACCAGAUCUAGUCCCUGGCCAGCCUGAAGACUAACCAACCCUAAUCAGAUCUAGUCCCUGGCCAGCCUGAGGACUAACCAACCCUAACCAGCCUGAGGACUAACCAACCCUAACCAGAUCUAGUCCCUGGCCAGCCUGAGGACUAACCAACCCUAACCAGAUCUAGUCCCUGGCCAGCCUGAGGACUAACCAACCCUAACCAGCCUGAGGACUAACCAACCCUAACCAGAUCUAGUCCCUGGCCAGCCUGAGGACUAACCAACCCUAACCAGCCUGAGGACUAACCAACCCUAACCAGAUCUAGUCCCUGGCCAGCCUGAGGACUAACCAACCCUAACCAGAUCUAGUCCCUGGCCAGCCUGAGGACUAACCAACCCUAACCAGCCUGAGGAAUAACCAACCCUAACCAGCCUGAGGACUAACCAACCCUAACCAGCCUGAGGACUAACUAACCCUAACCAGAUCUAGUCCACAUGGUGCGUGUUCUACAGCAUCCAGUGUGCGUGAUGACUGAGAGCGUUCUUCAGACUGUUAACUCUCUGUAGGGUGUUGGAGCGUUCUUCAGACUGUUAACUCUCUGUAGGGUGUCGGAGCGUUCUUCAGACUGUUAACUCUCUGUAGGGUGUUGGAUCGUUCUUCAGGUUGUCAUGGAGACACUGCCUGGGACAAAAACUAAAGUGAUCUUGGACACACAUCCUUCCCUUCACUAGUGAAGUGCUCCACAUCUGAAGCUGCUAACACAACAUUCACUGACUGGAACGCAGAAGACAUCCUGAAGAUAUUCUGAUAUUGGACUGUAUUAAAAUGUUUUAGAAUGAAAAAAUAAAUAAAACGGUCAUUGACUUGAA